CUGGUAAGGAAUAAGGGCUAUGUAACCUGGUGAUUUGCUAGGUUGCCUCGCAGUUAUAAAACAUGGCGGCUUCAUGUGGUUUCUUGAGAAAGGCAUCUAGUUUUUUAUAUUUGCGACGCAACUGUAGAUCCAUUCUUCUUUCCACAAAUGUAAGCAUAAGGCCAUAUUCUAGCGCAAAUGGAAGUACAGAGGACGAAAACUUCGAAGAAAUGUUGAGGAAUUCUAGGUUUGUCAAAUUGGGUCGACCUGAAGGAAAAAUAGUGGCUGGGAAAAUAACGCACAUCGUGGACAACGGUGCGAAAAAAGAUUUGUAUAUAGACUUUGGCUGGAAGUUUCACGCGGUUUGUACGGAAGGGAGAAACAGAGCAAGUUACUACAAUGUGGAUGACCUGGUAAGAAUAAAACUGAUUAAACUGGAAGCUGCAGAACAUUUUCUUGGUCAAACCAGACACAUAACAUUAUGCGAGGCUGAUGCUACUCUAGAGGGGAAGUUGGAUCCACUUUAUAGAUACAGUGUGUUGGAAAAGGAACUCAAUUGAUCAUUUGUGAAAUUCUCCACAAUAAUUUUUGAUGACAUUAAUGUAACAGUAAUAUUUUGUGAAUCAUUUCAAUGUUUUCAUAUCUUGUUUUUAUGUCCUAAUGUGGCUGAAAUGAAUGGUUAUGUAAAGACUUGGGUUCCCAUCACUUGCCUACAACUGAAUAAUAACUUCAGGAAAAUGAUAUGAGUAACAUAAAUAUCUUAAAUUACCUUUAAUUGCAACUGCACAAUAAACCUUUACACCCUUACUUAAGUAUGCAUUCUAUUCUAUUUACAUUUCCAGCAGUACUCACAGCGAGACUUUAACAAACAUAAAGUUCUUUAGUCAAUAACCAUUUCCUUAACUCUCAUUAUCUAAAUGUUUGAUUCUAGGAUGAUACUGAAAGGAGAAAUUAGAUGUUAGUCACUCUUAGGGGUUAAGGGAAUUUUCCAGGAAAAAUUGCUGUUAAAGCGAUGACAAUAACUUGUUCUAUGAAGAUUCCCCUUGGAAAAUUGGGAAAAAACCUGAAAUGCAUAAGAACUGUAAACAAAUGGAAGCAACAUUAAUGCCUCAAUUUCCCAGAAGGUGCUAUUUUGGCUUAUAUGAUGUCAAACAGUUGCCACUAUUAUCAUUAGACAAUAGCUUGUGUUCACAUGAGUCCCAUGCAAUGAGUUCAUUUAGAUAAGAGUGGCAAUUAUGAAGCAUGCAGGCCAUAAGUCUAAGUGGAAAAUAUAAGGUUCUGGUAUUUUGAGUACAGACCAAGAAAACAAGGUUAGUGAGAUAUUAAUAAUUUCCCUGAAGCUUUUGAAUUUAGUAGGCUGCACUGUGAAAUAUGGCCUGUUAAAUUGACCAAUAAUAACACAAAUACUUUAUGGUUCAGUUCAGUAAAGUACAACAGACUAUCAGCUACAGUGUAUGUAUUAGCCAUGAUCAAACCCUCAUUCAGUAGAGAGGAUGCUUUGUAAAGCAGAUUAUGUUAUAUAUUAAUGUUACUCUUAAUAAUAUUAUCAUGUGAUUAAAUUAAUUUCAUUGUCUUUGAAAGUUGUCAAUUAUGAUAAGUUUGUAAUAAGCGUGAGAGCCAGUUCCAUUUUAAAAAAAUAAGUUCCCUUUGGGAUAAAACUGGCUAAGAUUUGGUAUUCUGUAGUUUCAAACAAAUUUCUCAAAAAUAUAUAAUUAUCCUUACUUGGAUAUAACACCUGCUUUUUGCAACACACUUGCAUUAAGGAACUUUCCUUUUUUCACACUAGUACCUUUAACCUUACAUUGUUUGUUGAUAUUUAAAACUUUGAAUGAUAAAUAAAAUAACUUAGUUACAAGUAA